GAAUGAAAAUGUGCAUUGUUGUUUUGUGUCAGCACUAAUUGGAACCAAACAGUUUUUAUAUCAUCCACUGAGAUAAUCAGUAAUGGUGGUUUAAGAAAAUGAUGGCGACCACCACGAUGGUAGUAUCACCUUUAGCAACACAACCAUCACCCAAGAACAAGCGUCGCUUGUUCGCAGAGGCCCGCCAGAAUAGCCUUCAAAAAUUAAGCAUAAUUUUUGACCACGGGAAUAAAAAUGGCAAUGGUGGGGAGACGACAUGGUGUUUCAGCCAGGUGAAGGGUACCUUGGAAGAUGACGUCACCGAAGCUGAUCUGAUAUCAUGCGUAGAAUUCAACCAUGACGGCGAAUUACUCGCCACUGGCGACAAGGGCGGCAGGGUUGUCAUAUUUCAGAGGGACCCAGCAUCGAAACAAUGCGUCCCCAAGAAGGGAGAGUACAACGUGUACUCGACAUUCCAAUCACAUGAACCGGAGUUCGAUUAUCUCAAAUCAUUGGAGAUUGAGGAGAAAAUCAACAAGAUCCGAUGGUUGAAACGGAAGAACCAGGCACACUUCUUGCUCUCCACCAACGAUAAGACCAUCAAACUGUGGAAGGUGUCGGAGCGUGACAAGCGGGUGACAGGCUACAAUACGCGCGAGGAAGGAGGUCGGCCACGCGACCCUGCGCGCAUCACGCAGCUUCGCGUCCCCACCGUGCGCCCUGCCGAGCUCAUGGUUGAAGCCUCGCCUAGGAGAAUAUUCGCCAACGCUCACACAUACCACAUAAACUCAAUAUCUCUGAACUCGGACCAGGAGACGUACCUCUCAGCAGAUGACCUGCGCAUCAACCUCUGGCACCUGGAGAUCACUGAUCAGAGCUUCAAUAUUGUUGAUAUUAAACCCGCCAAUAUGGAGGAGCUUACAGAGGUCAUAACGGCGGCGGAGUUCCAUCCGACUGAAUGCAAUCUCUUUGUCUAUUCUAGUAGUAAGGGUACGAUUAGGCUAUGCGACAUGCGCGCGGCGGCGUUAUGCGACCGCCACGCGAAGCUGUUCGAGGAGCCGGAGGAUCCACACGCAAGGUCAUUUUUCUCCGAGAUCAUCUCCUCCAUCAGCGACGUCAAGCUUAGUAAUUCUGGCAGAUACAUGAUGUCGCGAGACUACCUAGGUUUAAAAGUAUGGGACUUACGCAUGGAGACGAAACCGGUGGAAACAUACCCAGUACACGAGUACCUACGCUCCAAACUAUGUUCCCUGUAUGAGAAUGAUUGUAUCUUCGAUAAGUUUGAGUGCUGCUGGAGCGGAGACGACCAGCGGCUCAUGACCGGAUCUUAUAAUGGAUUCUUUAGGAUAUUCGAGCGCGGAGGCUGCGGGUCAGGUUGCGGCGCGCGGCGCGGCGAGCUGACGCUGGAGGCGGCGCGGGACGCGGCCGCGCGGCCCCGCCAGCCGCUGCGGGCCAGGCGCGUCGCCACCACGGCCAAGAGGAAGAAGGACGAAAUAAGCGUAGACUGCCUGGACUUUAACAAGAAGAUUCUCCAUACGGCAUGGCAUCCUCACGAGAGUAUAAUAGCAGUGGCGGCCACAAACAACCUCUUCAUAUUCCAGGACAAGUUCUAGCAGUCGCCUGACCCUCGCACCGGGAUCUCGCACGGUACUUAGUAUAACACUGUUCUAGAGGCAAGAUUUUCGCUCAAAACAGAUGGCGACACUAUCGCUUUACGUCUUAGGGUCCUUAUUAACAUGUGAUUCAUCAUUAAUUUUGGUA